CAAAUAUUGAUUGAGGCAGUGGCAGGUGGGGUCCCAGCAGGGAGCCACAAGGAGGAGGCCCUGGGUGGCUCUGGCCCCUGGGGGAGGCAGGUAUAGAAGCUCUUCCCAGCUGCCAUGUGGAGAAGUCAGCAAUAAGUCUUCAAUAUCUGGAGUGGAUCUUUCACAGGGAUCAUCUCAAUUUGGAUAAGCUAACGGACAGGUCAGGUAGACGACCAUUGUCACCUCCUCACAGCCUCCCAGAAUCUGCCCUCUGCCCCUCAUCUGCUCCCCACAUGUGUCCACACAGCCAGAGGGUCCUGUUAACACCUACGUCAGCUCCCGUCCUUCCCAUUCUCAGAGUCUCAGUGGCUCUGAUCUCAGCAUAAAAGCCAAAAUCCUCCCCAGGCCCAUGAGGCCCUGCAGGAUCUGCCCCCAUUCCCUCUCUACUCUCCCACGAUUACUCUGCUCAGGCCUCACUGGACUCUUCCCUCUUCCUCACACUUACCAAAACAUUCCUGCCACAGGGCCUUUGCACCUGCUGUGUCCACUCCCUGGAAUGCUCCUCCCCUAGAUUCAACAUGCCUCCCUUAUUGAGUCGCUACUGCAGUAUUGGCUCCUGCAACAUCUUCUUUCUGCCCUACAUAAAUCAGGGUCCCAGCCACCUCCUUUCUUUUUCCCCAUAGCAAUAUCUCCAUCUGAUACAAAAUGAUAUGUGUUUGUGUUUAUUUGUCUAUUGACUGUGUCACCAGACAAAAGGUCAACUCUACAGGGCUGGCAUUUAUGUCUGUCCUUUUCAUGACUAUAACCCAGUACCUAGCCCAGUGCUGGGUUCAUGAUAGCUGCUCAAUAAACAUCUGUGGAAUGGUGAAUAGACAAUGGAACCCAUGUACCCAGAGCCCCCAGGGCAGGCCCAGCAUUGAGCCCCCCAUGGGCCUGGUCUCCCUUUCCCCUCUGAGGAAUCCCAGGGAGGCCUGUGGCACAGUCACCCACCUGCUUCACAGAGGCACAGCGCCUGCCCAGGACUGCCUGGUCUACUUCCUCCAGCAAUGGGCCCGGCACACAGCUGUUGCUCAAAAAACCGUAGCUCUCGAUGGGACCAAGGGUCCAGAGAGGGGCAUGGGAGAGGGUUCUGGGCUGAAUGGGGAAGGCCAAGGACACAGAGAAGGGUGGGUGUGAUGUCGCGGGUGGGAGGCAGGCAUGGUGGAGUCGGGACGGAAGCUGAGCUCUGCCCCAGUCUUCUCCAGCCUCGGCCUCAUCACACUCCUGAGCCAGACAGCAAAGCGCCAGAAACCCAGGCCCCCCUCCGUGUCAUCCACACCUGGUGUCUGGUUCCGCGAACACUCUCAGCUCCUGCUGUGUGCCCAGCCCUGUGCCUGGCCGUGCCAGGGACAUGGCAGUGACCAUGGUAGCCUGGCCCUGCCCUCCCAGGACUCACCGUCCAGCGGGGGAGACAGAUCCAGUCCCUGACCAUGAAGAUAAGGGUGGUCGGGGCUGGGGUUGGGGAUCCCAGGGUGCAUUUAACCCAGCCUGAUAGUCCUGGAGGGCUUCUUGGAGGAAGAAGAUUUGCUGGGUGAGGGAUGAAAUAAAGCAGAAGCAAGCAGGAAUAAGCUGGGUGCGGGGGACUCAAGGGAGGCAGGAGAACUGGAGCAGCGACUUGCCGGAAGGAAGGAAGGGCUCUCCUACGAGGCUGGGCAGGCCGGCAGGGGCCACACGAACCUCCAUGAGAAGCUGGGCUUUCUCCUGAGGGUCCCGAGCAGCCAUGCGGGCUCCGAGCACCAUGGAAGGGGGCGAGACCAGGGCCAGAGACCAGGAGGAGUUGGGGAGGGGAACCAGACAAGGGGCAGCAGGGCACCUGGACCAGGGCAGGGGCCACAGGGACGGAGAGAAAAGGGCCCCCAGAAGGGAGGUUUAGGAGGCACAGGCCAUGGGGCGUGGUGUGCUGGGACUGUGGGGAGACGUCAGGGGCGAGGCCUGGGUCUCUGUGUCCCAGUGACGGGUGGACAGUGGCGCCAUCUGUGAUGAGAGGACGGGGAGGAGAAGCAGGGCUGGGGGAAGACACCAAGGUCAGUCUGGGACAAGGCGAAGGAGAGGUGCCCAGGGACAUGCAGGAGAGGCACCCUGAAUGCACUGGGAUGGGGCCCCAGGGCUCGGGGGAGAGGGCCGCGCCAGGACUGAACAGGGUGAGGUGAGGUCACUGGCGGGACAGGGGGUUGGUGGGGAGACAGGAGGCGCCAGGUUACUGACAGCCCCCCCUCGUCAGAGCCCCCGCCUACAAGGGCAGCUCAGGACGCCCGGUCCUGGAGGAACAAAGCGGAACAGCUGAGCCGCAGGAACUUGGGCACGUCAGAGCCCCUGCCCAGGGCCUCCGUUUCCACAACUGCAAAUGGAGGUUCUACCCGUGCCCACCGCACAGGACAUCCCCUGAGAUGACACCUCCAGGUCACACAGAAGUCACACUUGAUGAGUUUGGCUCCUCAGUGACCCUCAAGCUCACCGGAGAGGCCAGGGUCUGGGCCAUGGGUAAGAACUGUCCUGAAAUCUUCCCCGCCCCUCCUCUCUCCUCCCCGGCGACCUGGUUCUUCUGCUGGUACCAAACCCAGGUCUUUGGUACAAAGAAGGUUAGGCGGUGCCCCAGGAGGCCUGGCUGGGUCGUGACCCCUGGCCGGUGCCUGCCCCACCCACUCUGGUACCCAAACAGGGCCCCAGAUCCUCGGUGACUCGAUCCCUCCAAAUUCAGGUGAUCUACCCCAGCUCCAUAUCGCCAAACCCUCCCAGGUCCUGCGCCAGACGGAGCCAAGCCCCAACCAGGAAGGGCCUCCGAGCACUGGAACACCAACGCCGCCGUCUUCAAGACCGGGUGUGGGGUGAAAGAUGGCGCUGGCCGGGUGCAGCUGGCUCCUUCUCAGUGCCACGUUCCUGAGCACAGGGGCCGAGGUCACUGUCAGCCCCACGCCUGCCCAGCCAGCCGAGGGGGACAACGUGACGCUGGCUGUCCACGGGCUUUCGGGAGAGCUGCUUGCCUACACCUGGUACGCUGGGCCCACGCUUAGCCUGGCUUACCUGGUGGCCAGCUACAUCGUAAGCACGGGUGACGAGACCCCUGGCCCAGCCCACACGGGGAGGGAGGCUGUGCGCCCCGACGGCAGCCUGGACAUCCAGGGCGUCUCGGCCCGGCACUCGGGCACCUACAUCCUGCAGACUCUCAACAGGCAGCUUCAGACGGAGGUGGGCUACGGACACCUGCAGGUCUAUGAGAUCCUGGCCCAGCCUGAGGUUAUGACCAACAGCACAGCACUGGUGGAGCGCCGAGACACCCUGCACCUGAUGUGCAGCAGCCCCGGCCCCGCCAAGGUCCGCUGGUUCUUCAAUGGCGGGGCCCUACCCAUCGACAUCCGCCUUGGCCUGUCUCCCGAUGGCCGGGUGCUGACCCGGCAUGGCGUCCGCAGGGAGGAGGCCGGAGCCUACCAGUGUGAGGUCUCGAACCCGGUCAGUGUCAGCCGCAGCAAGCCCUUCAACCUGACUGUGUACUUUGGCCCAGAACGCGUGGCCAUCCUCCAGGAUUCUACCACCCGCACGGGCUGCACCAUCAAAGUUGACUUCAACACGUCCCUCACCCUGUGGUGCGUGUCCCGGUCCUGCCCAGAGGCCGAGUAUGUGUGGACCUUCAACGGGCAGACCCUAAAGAAUGGUCAAGACCACCUCAACAUCAGUAGCAUGACAGCGGCCCAGGAGGGCACGUACACAUGUAUUGCCAAGAACCCCAGGACCCUGCUUUCUGGAUCGGCCUCAGUGGUGGUCAAGCUCUCUGACAAUUGGAAAGUGAGAGACUCUCAACCCACUCAUUGCUGGCCAGGUGACGAAGUGGCAUCAGUGGACCUCUCUCCAUCCAGCGGCAGCAGUCGCCAUGACAAUUGUGCCUGUGCCACCCAAGCCGGCAGAGGGCCAGGACGUGACCCUGACUGUGCAAGGCUACCCCAAGGACCUGCUGGUCUAUGCCUGGUACCGCGGGUCGGCCUCAGAGCCCAACCGGCUGCUCAGCCAACUGCCGUCAGGGAACUGGAUCGCAGGCCCCGCGCACACGGGCCGGGAGGUGGGUUUUGCCAACUGCUCACUGCUGGUGCAGAAGCUGAACCUCACAGACGCCGGCCUCUACACACUCAAGACCGUCACACUGCAGGGCAAGACUGAGACGCUGGAGGUGGAGAUGCAGAUGGCCCCCCCGGAGUAGCAGCGGUGCGCCAUGGAGACCUCCGGAGAGAAGAGCCCUUGGCACCAUCCCUGGCGCCGUCUCCCCGGAGCCAGAGCCGAGGGUGGACGCCGGACAGCGGUCUGCGUUCUCCUCCUUCCACACUAGACUUAGGAUCGACAGGGCCCUACUCCUGCCCUGAGUUGUCAGAGAGCCGCAGAGGCCAUAAAUGUCCUGGUUAACACA